AUGGGAAGAUCCCCUUGUUGUGAUAAGGCCAAUGUGAAGAAGGGCCCUUGGUCCCCUGAGGAGGAUGCCAAGCUCAAGGCUUACAUUCACAACCAUGGCACUGGUGGCAAUUGGAUCUCCCUCCCUCAAAAAGCUGGUUUGAAGAGAUGUGGAAAGAGUUGUAGGUUGAGAUGGCUUAACUAUUUGAGGCCCAACAUUAAGCAUGGAGGCUUCACUGAGGAAGAAGAUAGAAUAAUUUGUACCCUAUAUUCCACUAUUGGAAGCAGGUGGUCGAUAAUUGCUACUCAGUUACCGGGGAGAACGGAUAACGAUAUCAAGAAUCAUUGGAAUAGCAAAUUGAAGAAGAAACUUAUAGGAAUGGAGAAAAACCCUCAAAUCAUCCCUCCUACUACAAUGCCAUAUUCUUCUCAUCAUAAUGAUCAUCAAGUUUCAUCAUUUCCAGCUCAACCACUCAGUUCAAUCCCAUCAAAUUGGUCAAACGACAACGACAACGACAACAACAUCGACAACAUUAGCCCUUGUCUUGUCCCAACACAAGAAUCCAACAUGAACAGCUUAUUGAGCUCCUUGAUGUUUCAGCAUAAUCAAACCCUAGAUGCAAGAAGCUGCACUCAAAUCAACAACACUUCAAGAAUCAUGAUGAUGGGGUUUCAGAAUCAAACCCAUAAUUACAAUUAUUAUUAUGAUGCUAUGAAUGAUGAAGAACAUAACAACAUAUGCUUCAAUGGAGGAGGAGGAGGAGGAGGAGGAGAUGAUCAUGUUCAUAGCACCACCAGCUUGUUCCAAUGCAUGGAGGGAAAGUUCAUGAAGUUCUAG